UUGCUAGUAUGAUGAACUAGCAAUAGCUUUGUUCAAGGAAAGAGCAAAGCAAACAACUGAAUGGGGAACUGUUGGAGUCUUCAAUCCUCAGGCGAUCCUCCCAGCUCCAAUACUGCUCCUAACACAAACAAUCAAUCAGGAAGCAUUCCAUUGUCGACUGGUCUCAGCAACUUAAGAUUGAUAAAAAAUGGCAACUCCUCUUCCCUUGGGCGUAGCAGCUACUCUGGAGGAAAUAGCAGACUAUUUAGUAGUAGUAGUAGUAGUAACAAUAACAUAAGUGGCAAUAAUACAAGUACAUCCUUUCGGGGCUCUGAGAAUAGCCAGAUCUCUCGAGUAAGAGAAGACGAGGAGUUUCCUUAUGGGCAAAUCUUGGAUGCUGCAAACUUGAAAGAUUUUACUCUGGCAGAACUGAAAGCAGCCACUAGAAAUUUCCGUUCAGAUAAUAUAUUAGGAGAGGGUGGGUUUGGUAUAGUAUACAAGGGUUUGUUUAAGGAAAGAGCAACGUCAAAAAGAAAUGAGGAUUUGACUAUUGCCGUAAAAAGAUUGAAUUCUCACAGCAUUCAAGGAUUUGCAGAAUGGCAGUCAGAGGUGAAUUUCUUAGGAAGGCUUUCUCAUCCCAACCUUGUAAAGCUGUUGGGAUUUGGGCGUGAGGAUGGCGAGUUAUUUCUGGUGUAUGAAUUUUUGCACCGUGGCAGCUUGGACAACCACCUAUUUGGAAGAGGUUCAAAUGUUCGUCCACUUUCAUGGGACAGAAGGCUGAAAAUUAUGAUUGGAGCAGCUAGGGGACUAAAUUUCCUUCACUCCUUGGAGAAGAAAAUUAUAUACAGAGAUCUCAAACCCUCAAAUAUACUACUUGACAAGGAAUACACAGCCAAGUUGUCAGACUUUGGCUUGGCCAGAUCUCUUCCUGAUGAUCACACUCAUGUAUCAACACGGGUUGUUGGAACAUGUGGCUAUGCUGCCCCGGAGUACAUCACCACAGGUCAUUUGUAUGUGAAAAGUGAUGUAUAUGGAUUUGGGAUUGUUUUGUUGGAGAUAUUAACCGGUAAGCGGAUGGUCGAGAUACUACGCUUUGGUGAGUCAAAAUCCUUCGAUGAUUGGGUCAAAUCAAAUCUAUUAAAUAGAGCAAAAUCGAGAUGCAACAUGGAUGCAAAGUUGGAAGGCAAAUAUCCACCCAACUUAGCUUCAAAAGUAGCUCAACUUGCUCUCAAAUGCAUCCAGCCAGAUCACAAAGUUAGGCCAUCAAUGAAGGAAGUCCUUGAAACAUUGGAAAGUAUUGAAGCAGCCAAUGAGAAACCAGCUGAUAAUAUAAAGAGGACUACUAACUCCACGGCAGUUCAGCUACAUGGCCUGCUAGAUGGUAGUUAAUGGGAAGCCAACAGGUGAAAACUCUAUGAAGCAGGUUCACUCCGAACACGACACUGACACUGACACUAGUAAUAAUUUAAAAAUUAAUAAUAAAUUAAACGUAAUCUCAAGUGUCAGUGUAGGUGUCCGACACUAACACGCCUGGUGCUACAUAGGGUGAAGUUGUCUUGGUCAAAUUCAAUUGAUUUUUUAUCAUAUUCUUGAGCAUGUAAAGUAUGAAACUAUCAAUUUACGAUUGAUUAGUUGUUUUGUGUAGAUAAUAAAUGAAAUACUAUAGAGAAAUUAUUUCACAGUCUCAUUCUAAUAUGACCACUAGUAAUUAGGGUUAAUAGAGAUGAAAUAUUGAAAUUGCAAUCAGAAUAUUUAGAAAAAACACAUUAUAGAAGAUUGAUUAGUUGUUUUGUGUAGAUAAUAAACGAAAUACUAGAGAAAUUAUUUCACAGUCUCAUUCUAAUAUGACCACUAGUAAUUAGGGUUAAUAGAGAUGAAAUAUUGAAAUUGCAAUCAGAAGAUUUAGAAAAACCAUAUUAUAGAAGAAUUUCAGAUUAAAAUUUGGAUGUCCAAAAUUCGAUGGCUUUUAUGACCAUUGGGUCAUGCUCAUGGAGAAUCUCCUCCGAUCCAAAAGUAUUGGGAGCUAUUCAAGAAUGGUGUGACGAUUGCACCACCAAAUGUAACGCAAGAGCAGAUAAAACUUGCAGAUGAAAGCAGACUUAAAGAUCUCAAAGCCAAGAAUUAUUUGUUUCAAGAAAUUGAUCGAACGAUUCUUGUAAUAAUUCUAACACAUGACACGACAAAAGAUAUAUGGGAUUCCAUGCGCAGAAAAUAUCAAGGCUCUACGAAGGUAAAGAGGGCUCAGUUGCAGGCUCUACGUCAUGAGUUUGAGGUCCUAUGCAUGAAGGACAGUGAAACAAUUGAUGAAUAAUUUGCAAGAACCCUAGCUGUUGCUAACAAGAUCCAUGACCACAAAAUUCAAUUAUAUGGUGUGCUCUAUAGAGGAACCGAAUGAUGUUACAACCCUAUUCAUUGAUGAGCUUCAGAGUAGUCUUCUUGUUCAUGAACAAAGAAUGAAGAUCAAUCAAGAAAAGGAAGAAGAACAAGCUCUAAAAAUUGCAAACUAUGGUUGAGGCAGCAACAGUAAUAGAGCAAGAGGACGUGGUCGUUAUCGCGAUCGUGGCUGAGGAAGACUCACUAGAGAUCAGAUUCAAUGUUACAAAUGUCACAAGAUAGGACACUACCAAAGUGAAUGUUCAACUUGACAAGAUAAUGAUGCCAAUUUUGCUGUUUUGAUGAACGUGAAGAAUUGCUUCUUAUGGCAUAACAAGGAGGCACAAAGUCUAGAGACCAAGUUUGGUUUCUUGAUUCAGACUGUAACAAUCAUAUGGUGGGAACGAAGGAAUGGUUGUUCAAGUUAGGAUAUGACUCCAAUAUGUAGGUGGUGAGGAAAGGUAACUUGAAACUUCACUAAAAUGGCAUCACUCAAGUAAUCACUGAAGACACUACUUUCCAGGAUUGAAAAACAAUCUAUUGAGUGUUGGACAAUUGAUGCAAAAGAACCUAACAAUAGUGUACAAGAAUGGAGGCUGUAGAGUGUAUCAUGAUGACAAAGGAGUGAUCAUGACCACAGGAAUUUCAUCCAAUAAGAUGUUUGUAGUUUUUGCACAAGUGAUCCUUCCACUAUGCAUGAAUGUCACUACAGACAAUGUCACACAAAUGUGGCACUGCAAAUAUGGCCAUUUGAGCUUCAAAGGCCUCGAUAUAAUCAUCAAAAAGGAUAUGGUAAAAGUGUUGCCCAAUUUAAAGGAUCAAGGUGAGACCUGCCCAUAUUACUUAAUGGGGAAGUAACACAGACAAGCCAUACCUAAACAAGCCACAUGGAGAGCUAAAGAAAAACUUGAGCUAGUUCAUUCAGAUGUGUGUAGUCGUAUUAAUCCUACAUCAAAUGGUGGAAGAAGGUACUUCAUAACUUUCACAAAUGACUUUAAUAGGAAAACUUGAAUUAAUUUCCUUCAUGAGAAAGUUGACAUCUAUGAUGUCAUAAAAAAUUCAAAUCACUAGUUAAAAAAGAGUUAGGUCAAUACACCUAAUUUCUUAGAAUAGAUAGAGGGGGUGAGUUUACAUCUAAUGCUUUUUCUGAUUUCAAUCAGAAAUAUACCUAAGAUAUUUUGGCCUGAAGGAGCUAAAUGGGCAGUAUACAUAAUCAAUAUAAGUCCUACUCUAUUUGUGAAGAAUAUGACUCCAUAAGAAGCAUAGAGUGGUGUGAAGCCCUCAGUACAUCAUUUCAAGGUAUUUGGUUGUGUGGCUUUUGUGCACAUCCCUGAUGUGCCUAGAAAGAAGCUAAAUGUGAAGAGUACAAAGUGUGUUCACUUAGGAUUAAGUGAAUAAUCCAAAGCCUACAAGCUCUAUGAUCCCAUUAACAAUAAGAUCUUGAUAAGUAGUGAUGUGGUCUUUGAAGAGUCUAAAAGUUGGGAGUGGAAGCAUGACAAAGAGGAAAAGGACCAUUCAUCUAACAAUAUGGAUAUUGAAGGAGACAUUGAAGAUGAUAAAAGCCAAAGCACCUGAAAAUGAAGUACAUGCUGAAAACAAAAAUAACCUUCAAAGGGAAGAAAACAGUGAAGAAAGCACCAGUGAAGAUAAUGCAACUGAAGGAGAAGAAGACUUUACUCAGACACAUGAGCAUGGAGAGUCUGAAUCAAGAAUAUGUAAAAAGUCAAGUUAUCUAGAUGACUAUGUGACAAACAUAGAAACAGUAGAGGAAGAGCAGCUUCACAACCUUGCAGUCUUCUACGAUAGCAAUGAUCCGCUCAAGUAUGAAGAAGUAGUCACAACCUUGCAGUCUUCUACAAUAGCAAUGAUCCACUCAAGUAUGAAGAAGUAGCCAGGCAUGAAUUCCAUGUUUCGUCGCCGACCCUGACAGAGGUCCACGGAGAGAUAAGAAGGAGAGUUUACCAGUUCAUUGAAACCUACUCUGUAACAAAAAACACCAAGAGAACCAGCUUUGUAUGCUCCAGAGCAAGUCACAACCUGAUGUUGGCCUUUCUUUUUAGGAUCUACUACACACAAAUCCGAAAUGGGCCCCCAAUUCAUAUAGUUUUCCAUGAUUUCCACACAAGAACCGCUAUCAUCAUGAGUUUUAGUUACUUUGAUCAACUGUAAUUCAGCCAUCAGAAAUGGUUAGUAGGUGUGUCAAUAUGGAAGUGAAAAUAAUUAGCAAUGAGCAUGCAACAACAGAACACUUUAAAGUCUUCAAAGCAGACAGAGCAAUCAGAGAUGAGAUGACUCCAAAAAAUAUGAAAGUUUAUGAAAAAAAUUUAAAGUUAUCACUCCACCUAUGCAUCUCCAUAUCUCAAACCAAUAUACACAAGUGAAUUAUCUGAGGCAGGAUAUCGUAGAUGCAAUGGAAGUCUCCCCAAGGGACUUUAAUGUGAGAUCAGUAACUCUACGAAAAAUGUGCAUGAUAAAUCAUAAGAUUCGGCAGGUUAUUUCAAGUAGCCAAACGAUCCCUGUAUGGUCACCAAUUAAGUAUUUUAUACCGGCAACGUCAACUCUUCAAUGGGCUUUUGAAGUAGACUGAAAAUUACAUUUAAAGGUAUAAUUUAAAACAGCUCAAAAACUUGUGUGAAAAAUGGAAUGAAACAAUAAUACUAUUUAACUUACACCGAAUGAAAUAGAUUUUGAAGAAA